GUGAUGGCAUCGUCAUCUACCAAACGAGGUAAAUGUGAGUCGCUUUCCACGCCAUCUCUGAAAUUUUCCAACAACAGCAAGCAUAAACCCCGGCGCUUCCUUCUCUCCAAUCUCCGGUGCCCGCUCCGCGCCUCCACGCGCCGCGGCAGGGACCACCGCCUGUAUUCCACGGCGCUAGCAGCUAGCUUCCCGACUCCCAGUGCUUAACCCCAGCCCCAACGUCGACGGCCGGCCGGCCGCCUCGUCGCUGCAAGCACCGCGUCCCCGGGCGGCUGGAGGCUGGAGCCCGCAGGCUCCCAGGGCCCGCCGCAGGACUACUGAAUUCCACUCUUCUGCCGUUGUAUGCUUUGUUGUGCUGUUGGUGAGCAGAGAAAGACGGAUUCACAGAGCACGGUGGUCUCCAAGUCUGGCAGGGUGUGUUGUUGUAUGGCUUCCACGCUCCAGCUGUUGUUUUCCAUUGCCAUCACAGCUUUGGCCUUUUUCCUCCACCCAUGUGCAUCCACUGAGUUCCGCCGUGAGCUCUAUGGUUGGUCCAAUGGCAUUGCUACAUGGUAUGGAGCAGCUGAUGGUGCCGGAACUGAUGGUGGUGCUUGUGGAUACCAGAAUGCUGUGGACCAGCCACCCUUCUCAUCCAUGAUUGCCGCUGGCUGCUCUUCCAUCUACGACUCUGGCAAGGGCUGUGGCUCUUGCUAUCAGGUUGUAUGCACCGGCAAUGAGGCUUGCUCUGGUAACCCGGUGACUGUCGUCAUCACCGACGAGUGCCCUGAUUGCCCGUGUCCAGAUGACCAGGUCCACUUGGACAUGAGCGGGACAGCGUUUGGCGCCUUGGCCAAGCCCGGGCAGGAGAGCCAGCUGCGUGGCGCUGGUGCCAUCCAAAUCCAGUAUACCCGGGUGCAGUGCGAGUGGCCUGGCGUGGACGUGACCUUCUCGGUGGAGUCCGGCUCCAACCCGAACUACCUGGCCGUGCUGAUCGAGUACGAGGACAGCGACAGCGACCUCUACUCCGUGGACAUCAUGCAGCAGGGUCAGGGCGGCACGACGGGGCAGUGGGUGCCGAUGCAGCAGUCGUGGGGCGCCGUGUGGAAGAUCAACUCCGGCGCCGUCCUCCAGGGCCCCUUCAACAUCCGCCUCACCUUCAGCUCUGGCAGGGUGCUCGUCGCCGGCAACGCCAUACCUGCGGGGUGGAACGCCGGCGUCGCGUACCGGUCAGGCGGCGUGGCUGUGGCGAGGGCCAGGCCCCGGAGCGGUGUCUGCCGGCGCUACGAGGCUGCCGGAGCACUGCACCUUUUCGUGUUGUCAGUGGUAUUGUUGAUGCUGUGAGCCUGUGAGCGGAGAUGCGAUGUAAUUUUGGUGGUGGUGUGAGCGUGCAAAUUAGGACUACCUGGAUUGAGUAGUUUUCUUGAUGCUGUGGUCAAUUCUGCUGGUCAGCAAAUCUCCGUCCAUACAAUACUCCGUCUCAAAAUAGAAUCAAUUUCUAAGUCACAAAAAAAAAA